AUGAGUUCUGAGUCCUCAACAUCCAACACUCAAAAGAAAAACAAACAAACAAAACUUGCAGAAAGUUCAAAGCGCUCAUUCCUUCUCAGGGGAAGUAAAACAGAAUACCAGGUGAGACCCGCGCACACACUUGCUCCCUACCUUCGACCCUCGCACACACUUGCUCCCUACCUUCGACCCGCGGACACACUUGCUCCCUACCUUCGACCCGCGUACAAACUUGCUCCCUACCUUCGACCCGCGGACACACUUGCUCCCUACCUUCGACCCGCGUACAAACUUGCUCCCUACCUUCGACCCGCGGACACACUUGCUCCCUACCUUCGACCCUCGCACACACUUGCUCCCUACCUUCGACCCGCGGACACACUUGCUCCCUACCUUCGACCCGCGUACAAACUUGCUCCCUACCUUCGACCCUCGCACACACUUGCUCCCUACCUUCGACCCGCGCACACACUUGCUCCCUACCUUCGAUCCACGCACACACUUGCUCCCUACCUUCGACCCUCGCACACACUUGCUCCCUACCUUCGACCCGCGGACACACUUGCUCCCUACCUUCGACCCUCGCGUACAAACUUGCUCCCUACCUUCGACCCGCGGACACACUUGCUCCCUACCUUCGACCCGCGUACAAACUUGCUCCCUACCUUCGACCCACGCACACACUUGCUCCCUACCUUCGACCCUCGCACACACUUGCUCCCUACCUUCGACCCGCGGACACACUUGCUCCCUACCUUCGACCCGCGUACAAACUUGCUCCCUACCUUCGACCCGCGGACACACUUGCUCCCUACCUUCGACCCGCGUACAAACUUGCUCCCUACCUUCGACCCGCGGACACACUUGCUCCCUACCUUCGACCCUCGCACACACUUGCUCCCUACCUUCGACCCGCGGACACACUUGCUCCCUACCUUCGACCCGCGUACAAACUUGCUCCCUACCUUCGACCCUCGCACACACUUGCUCCCUACCUUCGACCCGCGCACACACUUGCUCCCUACCUUCGAUCCACGCACACACUUGCUCCCUACCUUCGACCCUCGCACACACUUGCUCCCUACCUUCGACCCGCGGACACACUUGCUCCCUACCUUCGACCCGCGUACAAACUUGCUCCCUACCAUCGACCCGCGGACACACUUGCUCCCUACUUUCGACUCGAACACACACUUGCUCCCUACCUUACGACCCGUGCACACACUUGCUCCCUACUUUCGACUCGAACACACACUUGCUCCCUACCUACGACCCGUGCACACACUUGCUCCCUACUUUCGACUCGCACACACACUUGCUCCCUACCUACGACCCGCGCACACACUUGCUCUCUACCUUCGACCCGCGCACACACUUGCUCCCUACCUUCGACCCGCGUACAAACUUGCUCCCUACCUUCGACCCUCACACACACUUGCUCCCUACCUUCGACCCGCGUACAAACUUGCUCCCUACCUUCGACCCUCGCACACACUUGCUCCCUACCUUCGAUCCGCGCACACACUUGCUCCCUACCUUCGACCCACGCACACACUUGCUCCCUACCUUCGACCCGCGUACACACUUGCUCCCUACAUUCGACCCUCGCACACACUUGCUCCCUACAUUCGACACGCGCACACACUUGCUCCCUACCUUCGACCCAUGCACACACUUUUAUUCCCUGAGUUUGACAACUAA